AUGUCGGUAGGAGCGUUCGUCUACCAGAAGAUCACUCGUCGCUUCUCAACCCUGUUUCUUGCCGCGUCAUUUGGUGCCUUCUUCAUGAACUAUGCCUUCAACGAGGCUACAGAUGCAUACUGGGACUGGUACGGCACUCGAACACUUCGCAGAUCUUGUGGUAUGAAGAGGCGAGUGAAAGAGGAUGGUCUAGAACACCUUAUGCUUCAAUAA